AUUUUUUUCCGCCUCGCUGGACGUACGCUACGAGCAGCUGCUGUACGAGCUCCGGCUCUAUAUAAGAGGACUAUGUUGGUCUUCAAGCACAGCUCAUUCAUCGUUUAUUUGCCGACCAACGAAACCCUCCCGUAAGCAAGUUCCACGAUGAAGGUGCUCCUCAUUUGCGCUGUUGGAUGCUGGAUGACGGUGGUAUCGAUGCCAGUAGCUCAAAAAUCAUCCCUCGAUCAUUUAAUUAUCCCCUACGAGAAUUCACCUGUUGAUUACGGCCUUUUCGCAUCCGAUCAAGGCUCACAAUAUCAAGACGAACCGACAGUUAUCACCAACUACAAUGUAGGCACGUUCAGACAAGGGGAUUUCUUGACAGUGCCUCUUGGUGCUUCGUACACAGUUGGCGGUCCCGAUCAUCAGAACCGUUUGAAGAAAGGAAUCGUCGUCGGAACAAAGCGUUUCUCGUUGACCAAUACCGCUGCUGGCUAUCGACCUGGCAUUGUUUUGUAAAUCACUGAUAAAACACACAGACUUUUGAUUUCGAGAACCGAACAUUUCUGACAACACCUCGAGUGUUUUGUAUAGAUUUCACACGCGUGUUGGAGUGCACGUCAUUUUGUUUCACGUAUAGCGAUCCCUUUGUCAACGUCUAUUUUGCUCAGGUAAGUAAGAAGGCGUUUCCCUUUAAUGUACAACGGUAUGUUACAACUGCCCACAUCCUCAAUACACAAGUUCAUUUUUAAAAAACGA